GUAAUUUUUGUGGUAGUAAAGGUCUGUGUAAGAAAUCCAAAACUUCUUUUCCAGGACGUUUUGCAAAUAACAUCGCGCGAUAAGUUAGCGUUAAUCUGGGCUAUAACAUACGAGUUUACAAACCUCUAAAUUGUGCCAGAUGCCUUUAAUUUGUUAACAUUCUGAUUGUUUUAUGGUGGAAAAAGGGAUCGUCAAAGUAUCCGAAAAUAGAAUCGGUAAACGGACCAAAACCCACACUUCAUCCACUUUUUCUUUUUUCGCUUUCGCAUUUUUUGCUGAUUGGGACAUUUAAGUAUCCGCAAAUAUACACAUGAACGAAAUACAUUUUUGGCUCAUGAAUAUAUGUACAUACAUAAAUACAUACUCCAUAUUUGGAAUCUUCAAUACACUGACCAACAGGUAAAUACUGGUCGCUCUAGCAGACCACAAACAAACAAACAAACAAAAAAUCAAAGGAAGUAAUUUCAACACCAGUAGCAAUGGCAACAAAUGGCACACGUCAACUACUUCUAGAUGUGAAUGGCCAAGACCUCAAUCAUUUCAUCAAGAAACUGCUGAACAAUAUAUGCGACUUCUACGAUGAGCAGGACCUCAUAGAUGUAACAUUUAAGUUGUCUAAUCCGACUGCUAUGGUUCCAGCACAUCGCUUAAUAUUAUCAGCGGCAAGUCCAUAUUUUAAAGAUUUAUUCAAAAGCGACAAGGGCCUAACUCCUGUUAUCGAAAUAAUUGACAUAGACAGUGACACCUUUGAGCGUUUAAUAACAUUUUGCUACACCGGCCAAACGCUCGUAACCAUCGAUAAUGUGGACGCAAUGCUUAAGGCAGCAAUAUAUUUGAAGUUGGAUGAGGCGGUGGUCAAUUGUGUUGACUAUAUUUUGGAACAUAUAACUGACUAUACACUGCAGCGGGCAUAUAGCUUAGAGCGUGAAACUCAGUGUGUACCACUGUAUGAGAAACUCUUGGAAUAUGAUAUAAAUAAUUUUAUGGAGAUAAGCAAACACCGUGAGUUUCUUAGCUUUGAUGCUGAAAAAUUGCAGGCAAUAAUAGAAAGCCAUAAUUUGAAUGUGACUUGUGAAGAAGAUGCUUUUUAUGCUGUGAAGCAGUGGUAUGAGUACGAUGCUUCUGGGCGGAAACAUAAACUACCAGAUUUAAUCAGUAGAUUACGACUGACCCUUUUUGACACAAGUUUCCUAUUAAGAAAUGUCCAAACACUCCCUGGAUGUGAGUCAUUGGCAUUUAAGGCAACAUCGUGGAUUUCUCUACCUUCGCAACGUGCAUUGAUAUCGUUAAAGUAUACAGAGCCUCGCAGAAAUGUAUGCGUAAAGGAGGAAGAUACAACUUUGCUGGCGGUGCAAGCUUACGGCUGUACAGGCACAAUUUUUCAAUAUGACCAAACUGAGGAUAAAUGGCAAAAAUACGCCGAAUUAGAACAUUAUGCAAGCGCAUACGGCAUGUGUCUUAUGGAAGACAAUAUUAUUUACAUUGGUGGUGUACGAGAUGGCGAAAUAACUAGCGGUGUUGAAAGCUGGAGCUUAAAAACGAAAACGUGGAGGACAUUACCUUCAAUGAUUCAGUCAAGAUGUUGGCCAAGUGUUGUACUAUUAAAUGGAAAUGUGUACGCGAUUGGUGGAACUAUCGCACCUGGACAACGUACACAGUCUGUGGAAAAGUAUUCACCCGGUGGCCGAUGGAAAUUAGUUAGCAGUAUGAUUAUGCCACGAAGUCAGGCUAGUGCAGUGGCUUUGAAUGACAAAAUAUUUGUUAUCGGAGGCCACAAUGGAAACGAUUUAAAAACUGUUGAAUGUUAUGACCCAUUUUCGAAUACUUGGACAAAGUGCGGACAUAUGAAUGAAAUUAAUUAUUCCCCUGGGGUAGCCGUACACAAUGGAUGCAUAUAUGUUUUAGGUGGAACUUCCGACAAAAAAACACUCGAGUGUUAUGACCCUCAAAGUAACAAAUGGACAAAGAUGUGCUCUUUGAACAUGGGACGUCCAUAUAUUGGUUGCGUCUUUGUAAGUGAUCAACUGUGGGCUGUCGGAGGCUGGAACUCAAAUUCCGUAUCAGUUUACUAUGCAAAAACUGAUGAAUGGCUCGAAAAGAAGCCAAUAUCGGAAGCGGGUCGGUACUGCUGUUAUGUUGUGCCUAAAGCUUUACUUCUAAAUCAGUGAUGCACACGUGAGCCAAACGGAGCCAAUCGACUUUCACGUACAAGUCGUGUGAACCUAGGCGACUUCAUAUAAGGUGGUGUUAUCGGAGCUGCUAAUUUCAAGGCGAAUUUGUAAUGUUUGUCAAAAUGAUGAGUUUGUUUUAAUUUUGUUUUGUACUGCCAGCGCUGUGCAACACUGUUCGAAAUGAAUAGCAGAUGUAGAAAUUUAACAAGUACUUAGUUGUAAAGUUGUAGACUUCCAGCGAUCAAUUAAUUUUGCUCAAGCAAUUUUAAUUUCACCUUAUUUUGAAAAUGAAUUCAAGUUGAAAAAUUUCUAUUAGUUUGUAAUUUUUGAUUGUAAAAUGCAUUUUUAAAACACACAUACAUAUAUUCAAUAUAUUCAACCAUGGUACAACAAACAACGACAAAGUAUAAGUGAUUUCGAUUGCUGUCUCUUUUCGAAUUUGUUUAUUUAAUUUUUUUUUAAUUUCUUUAACAUUAUAGUCAGCUAAAAAGAGAGCUAAAUUUGAUUUUCACUUCGAACUUGUUGAAUAUGCCUCGGUUUUUAAGCUAUAGCUGAGAACGAUAAACAUUUUAAAUGGUAUUCACUUAAAUCUGAAAUAUUAAUAACUUAAGUAUUUUUAUAUAAGUUCAAGGGUUUUUCCCAUUGCAGGGAAUACCACUAAUUUUUGGACAAAAACAUACUAAUGCUUUAUACAUAUGUAGUUGCCCUAAUAUAGAACAAUCCUAAAAUUUUUGGAUUUUUAAAGAUUGACUAAAAAACUAAAUUGUGCUUUAGUGUCGAAUUUCUUUAGAAUGAUAUUUUUAUAUGACACUUAUUUAAUACUUUAUACUAUUUUUAGUUUACAUUUACAUUAAAAUUGGCUGGAGAUUGAGGUAAUGCCUUUCUAUAGUUUGAAGUAAUGAUAUACGCCUACUAGAAGUGUCGUGUUAAAAUUAAUCAUUCUUUAUAAGCUUCAAUACAAAAACUCAUUCUACAACUACUUUCUCAAGUUCUUUGUCGAACUUUUUUUCUUCUCAUUAAACUCGCCAUUUGAAUUUUUGUUGGUAUAACAUAAAACCAUUACAAUAUCUUGAAAUAUAUAUGCAUUGAAAGAGUAGAAUAAGACCA